CUCGAUCGCUAGUGAAUGGCUGGAGAGGAGUAGCCGGGUUUCUGCACCAGUCGUCCUUUGGUAUCCGGCUCUAGGCGUCCCCUCAGGAGGUAGAGUUUCGGAUUAUCCCAUCGAUCAAUAUCCAGCUGCAGGUAUUCACCCACGGCCGCUUUCAGCUUCCUGAUGAGAUCAUCAAUGGCCGAGGUUGUAAGCGAGGGGAGCGGAGGAAGCAGUCUGAGGGGGCAGUCUGAGGGGACAUGAUGCGUUGGCUGGAGACAUCAAGCUCGUCCGCAUUUGACUGGUGUCACAGCUCGACACAAGUACGUUAUUCCUGAAGAUCUCCUCGCAUGUGUCAUCACUGCUUGGCUGGCCCGCCGUCCCAAAGCCGAAUGUUGCUCUGGAAUCUUAAGGUCUCCUUCAAUGCUGGACAGUCCAAGUUUCAUCUAGGAUGGUCCAUGUCUCUACUCUGAGAUCAGAGAAACGCAAUCGGCUACAUGAUCGUCACGAAGCUAUCUAACGCCCUGUCCUCCACAUCCCACGUCUCUCAGGUCGGGUUGCCUCGCCGAUUCCGUCGCACGUACGCCUCGUAUCUCUCCGCUGCACGCUUCAGCCUCUCGAAGAUUAUCUUCUUUCUGUCUUGCAGCGGGAGCCCCUUUUCUUCCUGCGUAAACUCCGUCUCGAUCUCCCAAUCCUCACGCUCCGGCCAUAUCCUGCGCUCCCGUUUCUUCAUCAAUUUCAGCUGCGGGAUGGAAUCUUUCAGAGGGGGCAGAUCCCCGGACAUCCCUCCCAAUCUGUGCGUGUCCCAGAAUUUGUGCGGAUCUAUCUCAUGGCCCAGCACCCUCAGGUGCACCUCUCCGCCGCCGAGUCGCACGGUUCCGUCCCGC